AUGAAUCAAACUCUAUCAAAUGAAAAUGACGAAGUUAAAAAAUCGUCAUCCAAUAAAAGAGAGAGUCCAUUUCCACAAGAAGAUACCAAUAAAAAUCAUAAAAGAGUAGCAUUAUACGAUGUUACCCACCAACAAAAUAUUCAACCACAACCAUUUAAUGUAAAUAACAACGAUUGUCUUGUCAACAAUAACUAUAAUAACAAUAAUAAUAAUAAUAAUAAUAAUAACUAUAAUAAUAAGAAUUUAAUGGCAAAACCCAUUCAAUCAAAUAAAAAUAAUAGUAUUAUAACCGCCUCAAACAUUCCCAGUACUUUCAACAAUACCGCCACUAAUAAUAGCAAUAAUAAUAAUAACAAUAAUAAUAAUAACAAUAUUAAUAAUAACAAUAACAACAAUAUUAAUAUUAUUAGUAAUAAUAAUAAUAAUAAUAAUAAUAAUAAUAAUAAUAAUAAUAAUAAUAAUAAUAAUAAUAAUAAUAAUAAUAAUAAUAAUAAGUUAAAAUCACAAACAGUAAAUGGAGGUAUUAAAACUGAAAACUUACCAUCCAAAAAUAAUAAUGAUAAUAAUAGUAAUAGUGAUGAUAGUAACAAUUCAAAUAAAACAAAUCAAACUCAACAAGAUAAUAGUAAUAAUGAAAUAGCACCACCAACUAAACCAAACAAUAAUAAUAAUAAUAAUAAUAAUAAUAAUAAUAAUAAUAAUAAUAAUAAUAAUAAUAAUAAUAAUAAUAAUAAUUUAACAGAAAAUGAAAACAACGAAUUAAAUAAUAUUAAAAACAAUAAUAAUAAUAAUAACAAUAAUAAUAAUAAUAAUAAUAAUAAUAAUAAUAAUAAUAAUAAUAAUAAUAAUAAUAAUAAUAAAGAAAAUAAUAGUUUGGAGAAAACAUUCCAUGCUCAUAUUCAUGCCGAUUUUAGUCAUGUGCCACAUAUAGACAUUGAUGAACAAUUUGGGGCAUGCCAAAUUCUAUGUGCGGAGUACGCAGAGGAAAUAUUUGAUAAUGCGCGUAAGAAUCAAUGGAAAACACAGCCUACAGACUAUAUGCAAAAUCAAAGUGAAUUGAAGCCAGGUAUGAGAGCAAUUCUCAUUGAUUGGAUCGUAGAUAUUGGUUGUGAAUUGGGUGUAAAGAACGAAACCAUCUAUUUAUCAAUAAAUAUUUUGGAUCGUUAUCUUUCAUUGCAACCAGUCACUAGAAAUGAAUUCCAAAUGAUCGGAGCCUGUGCCUUCUUUAUCGCGGCAAAGUAUGAAGAAUACAAGGGUGCUCAACCACAAUUCAUCAUCCAAUCAGCCGGCGAGUUUUUCAAUGUUGACCAACUUUUGGAAUGUGAAUGCAAAAUGUUAAAAACUUUAAAUUUUUCACUUUGCACUCCAACCAUCAAAUUCUUUUUGGGUAGAUAUUUAAUUGCCGUAGGUGAUUCAGAUAUUUCUCAUGUUGCUCACUUAUUUGGAGAAUUAUCAUUAUUAGAGUAUAAUUUGAUUAAUUAUCCACCAUCAGUAAUUGCAGCAGCAUGCGUUUAUUUGGCAUGUUUAGUUUUACAAAAGCAAUGGACCACAACUUUAACCUAUUAUUGCAGAGUUGAAGUUAAUGAUAUUUACUUUCAAAAAUGUGUUAGAUUCAUCUAUGAUAAAUUUCAAUCGAAUGAAUCAGAGACUUAUUCUCGUACAAUUAAAAGUAAAUAUGCUUAUGUAUUUGAUAUAUUUAACAAGUAUAGUUCAAAUCAAUCCUCAAGUGCUCCAUUUUGUAACAAACAACAAUUGAUCUAUAGUUAG